CAAUGCAGUGUCUGUGAGACCACACUUGUGCCUGCAGAGCAAACAGAAGCCAUUAAUGCAAGCUCCCACAGGCACGUAGCAGUACAUACUUUCCUGCGUGACAAAGUUGUUUUCUACCUCUGGCUCCAGAUAGAGCAAAAAAAAAAAAAAAAAAACCCCCUCCGUAACCCUGUUUAGCCUGAGCCUGUAAGCAAAACUGAUCUGGGAACAGCCCUUGGGGAACCACACCCACCAGCUCUGAAAGGCGGCGUAGGAGGCAGCUCUCCGCAGCUCUCUCGCUCCUCAGUCUCUGGCGGAGAGGCAGUUUGCGCUACACACUCGGACGCACACCACCACCGCCUGCUUAACUCUCCCAGAACCGAGUCACACGACAACCACCGCAACCAUGGCCGUCAGCAAAUGCAUCAAGUACUGCCUUUUCUUCUUUAAUUUACUCUUCUGGAUCAGCGGAUGCAUCAUCCUCGGUGUGUCCAUUUAUCUGAAAGUGGACAAGGAUUCAUCCAAGAUCGUCGGUGGGUCCCUCCCGGGGGUCGACCUGCUGAUCGCCAUCGGCGUGAUCAUCAUGGUGCUCGGCUUCCUCGGGUGCUGCGGCGCCAUCAAAGAGAACAAGUGCAUGCUAAUGCUGUUCUUCAUCGGGCUGCUGCUGAUCUUCAUCCUGCUGCUGGCAGCCGGCAUCCUGGGGGCCGUGGGCGAGGACAAGUCCACGGAUUUUAUCAAAGAGCAGCUGAAUAAUCUGGUCCCUCUGGCCGACCAGCCAGAGAGCACACAGACGGACAUCCAGGCCCUGGAGGUGGAGGGCAAGUGCUGCGGGCUGAUCAAAGGCCCCGAGGACUGGGGCAGCCAGGUGCCCUCCUCCUGCAACUGCAACGACACGACGGCGGCGUGCACCACCGUCGGAGGCAAGAAGGUCUACAGCACGCCGUGUGCUGAGUUUGUGACCACCUUGUUAAAGAAGAACCUGACCGUGGCUCUUGGAAUAGCUUUCGGUAUUGCAGUCCUGAUGCUGUUUGGAAUGAUCUUCUCCAUGGUCCUGUACUGCCAGAUCGGCAAGGCAGAGACCAGCACCGCCUAACGGAGAGGACGGCCGGACGCUCUAAGGAACACGCGUGCGUUUCAGGAAGGUGAUCGAGAACAACCGACGAAUGACAGGUGUUAUCGUUGUGUCCCACGUUGUUUAGUUAUAGUGGAUAUCCUUGUUUUGUGCUCUGAUGCAUGUGCCUGUAAAAACCCAGCUCCAGGCUGGCUGAGCGAGGGGGGCGGUGGGAAGGGGAGGGGCGGGGAGGGCGGGCGGGGCGGGCGGGCGGGCGGGGUGGGCGGGGUAGGGUGGUAACCAUGAAACUGUGUGCUUGUGUCUUUAGUCUCGUACAGUGCGGCCGUGGGUCCUAUUUUUACCUGUAUUUUAUGGUCACACAGAUUGGGGGGGUUUUUUUUUUUUUUUUGUGCAGAUGUUGCUUUUCUGUGUGUCUCUGUCUUGACAUUUGAGUGGGACAAAAAUAGUUAAUUUUAUAUAAGAACUAUAUGAAAGCCACACAGUACAUCACUUUGUGUAAAUGCACUGCAUAUUUAAUACGGUUGUCUUGGGCGUAUACAUUGUAAAGAAAAGGUCAUAUUUUCUGGUAAGUGUCUCGGCACUGAAAUCUCACUCGCUGUGGUCAGUAUGCAUUUAGUCUUCAGCACGUCCUGUCUAAGUGCAAUAAAUUUAUCCGCAGUUGUCUUAUUCAUUAGACCGGAGGGGAGGGGGGAUGUGUAAUAAAAAAUUCUAAUAAAGGAUGAUUUUAAAUGUG